CCGGCCGCCCCCCGACACCCCCCCCCUCCCGGCACACCCGGAGAAGAUGUCUUCGCGGACGGCGCUGGCCCCGGGCAACGAUCGCAACUCGGACGCGCAUGGCACCUUGGGCAGCGGACGGUCUUCAGACAAGGGGCCGUCGUGGUCCAGCCGUUCCCUGGGCGCCCGCUGCCGGAACUCCAUCGCCUCCUGUCCCGAGGAGCAGCCCCACGUAGGUAACUACCGCCUGCUGCGGACCAUCGGGAAAGGCAACUUUGCCAAGGUCAAGCUGGCUCGACACAUCCUCACGGGACGAGAGGUCGCAAUCAAGAUCAUUGAUAAAACCCAGUUGAACCCCAGCAGCCUGCAGAAGCUGUUCCGAGAAGUCCGAAUCAUGAAGGGCCUAAACCAUCCCAACAUCGUGAAGCUCUUCGAAGUAAUCGAGACAGAGAAGACACUCUACCUAGUGAUGGAAUAUGCAAGUGCAGGAGAAGUGUUUGACUACCUCGUGUCCCAUGGCCGCAUGAAGGAGAAGGAAGCGCGAGCUAAAUUCCGACAGAUUGUAUCGGCUGUGCACUACUGUCACCAGAAAAACAUUGUCCACAGGGACCUGAAGGCUGAGAACCUCUUGCUGGAUGCCGAGGCCAACAUCAAGAUCGCGGACUUCGGCUUCAGCAACGAGUUCACGCUGGGCUCGAAGCUGGACACUUUCUGCGGGAGCCCCCCGUAUGCCGCCCCUGAGCUGUUCCAGGGCAAGAAGUACGAUGGGCCCGAGGUGGACAUCUGGAGCCUCGGCGUCAUCCUGUACACCCUGGUCAGCGGCUCCCUGCCCUUUGACGGGCACAACCUCAAGGAGCUGCGGGAGCGCGUGCUCAGAGGCAAGUACCGCGUCCCCUUCUACAUGUCCACAGACUGUGAGAGCAUCCUGCGGAGAUUCUUGGUGCUGAACCCCGCUAAACGCUGUACCCUUGAGCAAAUCAUGAAAGACAAAUGGAUGAACAUCGGCUACGAGGGCGAGGAGUUGAAGCCAUACACGGAGCCCGAGGAAGACUUUGGGGACACCAAACGGAUCGAGGUGAUGGUGGGCAUGGGCUACACCCGGGAAGAAAUCAAAGAGGCCUUGACCAGCCAGAAGUACAAUGAAGUGACCGCCACCUACCUCCUGCUGGGCAGGAAGACUGAGGAGGGUGGGGAUCGGGGCGCCCCUGGGCUGGCCCUGGCACGGGUGCGGGCGCCCAGCGAUACCACCAAUGGCACGAGCUCCAGCAAAAGCAGCAGCCACAGCAAGGGGCAGCGGAGCUCCUCGUCCACCUACCACCGCCAGCGCAGGCACAGCGACUUUUGCGGCCCAUCCCCUGCCCCCCUGCACCCUAAACGCAGCCCGACCAGCACAGGGGAGGCAGAGCUGAAGGAGGAGCGGCUGCCUGGCCGGAAGGCCAGCUGCAGCGCGGCGGGCAGCGGGAGCCGAGGGCUGCCCCCUUCCAGCCCCAUGGUCAGCAGUGCCCACAACCCCAACAAGGCGGAGAUCCCCGAGCGGCGGAAGGACAGCACGAGCACCCCUAACAACCUUCCUCCCAGCAUGAUGACCCGCAGGAACACCUACGUGUGCACUGAGCGCCCUGGGGCCGAGCGCCCAUCCCUGUUGCCAAAUGGCAAAGAAAACAGCUCGGGUACCCCCCGGGUGCCCCCUGCCUCCCCCUCCAGCCACAGCCUGGCCCCUCCAUCCGGAGAACGGAGCCGCCUGGCACGGGGCUCCACCAUCCGCAGCACCUUCCAUGGUGGCCAGGUCCGGGACCGGCGGGCAGGGGGCGGGGGUGGCGGGGGUGUGCAGAACGGUCCUCCUGCCUCCCCCACGCUGGCCCACGAGGCUUCACCCCUGCCCUCCGGGCGACCGCGCCCCACCACCAACCUCUUUACCAAGCUGACCUCCAAACUGACCCGCAGGGUCGCAGACGAACCUGAGAGAAUCGGGGGACCUGAGGUCACAAGUUGCCAUCUACCUUGGGAUCAAGCGGAAGCCGCCCCCCGGCUGCUCCGAUUCCCCUGGAGUGUAAAGCUGACCAGCUCGCGCCCUCCCGAGGCCCUGAUGGCAGCUCUGCGCCAGGCCACGGCCGCCGCCCGCUGUCGCUGCCGCCAGCCGCAGCCCUUCCUGCUGGCCUGCCUGCACGGGGGAGCGGGCGGGCCCGAGCCCCUGUCGCACUUCGAAGUGGAGGUGUGCCAGCUGCCCCGGCCGGGCCUGCGGGGCGUUCUCUUCCGCCGGGUGGCGGGCACCGCCCUGGCCUUCCGCACCCUCGUCACCCGCAUCUCCAACGACCUCGAGCUCUGAGCCUCCCCUCCCUGGCCUCUCCCUCACCCUCCCUUCCCUUCUCCAGGAGCGGAAGGGGCUGUGGGGGGAGGGGAGGUGUGGCUGGCGGCCACAUGGUACAAAGGUGAAGGUGAGGGGGCUCGUGGGGGAGCUGGCACCCCCUUCCUGGAGCCUCCAGCCCGUUCUGCCCCUCCCUGCCCAGCUACGGGGCACUGAGACUUUUGGGGGGGAGGGGAGGUGGGGCAGGAAGGGAAACUGAGGAAACUUCAUUGUUCUCAACAACUGAAGAAUGAGGCCUUGGGCAGGGCGGGGGAAGCUGCUGAACCUACUUAGGGACUGGGGGAUUUUGGGGGGUGCUGGGAGCAGGGGUCCCAGAGGCAGAUUCCCUCCCCUCCCCGGCCCUCAUGCUCGAACCCCCCCUUCCUGCCCCAGGCUGGUGCGGGCACUUUGUACAAACCCCUGUAAAUACCCCCCUCCCCCCGCAGAGGUCUCGGGGAGCUGCCGCUGUCACCUCGGUUUUUAAGUUAUUAACUCCCCUCACCCGCAGCCUGUUGCCCAAUAAAUGUAGGAGAGUCGCCCCACGGCGCCGGGGGGGUUUCCUUCCCUGCCCUCCUCCCAUCGGGAAGCUGAGGAGUCUGGUCCUCCCUGAGCCUCUGUCUGCACCUGCGGUUGGGGGGGGCGGAGCUGGGCCUCAUCCGUGAGGCCACCCACUCGUGCCCGUGCUGUCCACCUCCGCGUCAACACUGGACUCCAAGCCUCUUCUCUAUGUAUUCAAUAAACAGUCAUUCACUGGUGCCGACUCCACGCCAGGCCCAGAGCGGGACCGGGAGACACAGGA